AUGCCUAAGGGCAUCCGCAUUGUGCUGGCCGAGAGCUACGAGCGCAUCCAUCGCAGCAACCUUGUGGGCAUGGGCAUUGUGCCUCUCCAGUACCUGCCGGGGCAGAACGCCCAGAGCCUGAACCUGACAGGCCGUGAACGAUUUACUCUCCACUUGGGCAAGGAUCUGGUGCCAGGCCAGAGAGUGACUUUGCAGCUGAGUGAUGGCCGCUCUGUGGAGGCCCUGCUACGCUUUGACACGGAGGUGGAGCUGGCCUACUUCCAUCACGGAGGCAUCCUGCCCUAUGUGCUACGCCAGAUGCUUUGAGACAUCUGAACAAAGAAUAAAGCAUAUAUUUUCAUCCAGGA